UGCAAGCUAUGGAUUCUGGCAAUAGUGGAAGUAUCUCAUCAAGUGGUGAUGAAGAAUAUGAUUCACGAGCUGAUCACACAGUGCUUCCUUCACCCUUCCUCAAUCAAUUUGGUUCCAUUUCACAACCACAAUCUUCACUUGUUUCUUCUCAUUACCACCAAACCCAACACCACCCCUCUUUGUUUGAUCUUUCAUCUAGCUACCUCCACGCCCUCUCUCAACCCCAACCAAACUCAUCAAACCCAAACUCCUUCCUAAACUUGGACACUGCCACGUCAUCUCAAGGUAGAAGAUCUGAACCCGAUUGCACCGACAUCACAGGAGUUUCGUCAUCGUCAUCAACACCGCCAACAACAACAGGAGGUAACAGUAUGAAUCAAUGUUUGUUGGGUCCUCAAGUCACGGACAAUGCAAGAGUGGUGCUUUCUUCAUCACAGGGCAAUAACGUUGUGCGAAACUCUAAGAAACGAACAAGGGCUUCAAGAAGAGCACCAACCACGGUUCUCACCACCGACACUUCGAAUUUCAGAGCCAUGGUUCAAGAGUUCACUGGAAUCCCUGCACCACCCUUUUCAGCUUCUUCCUCUUACUCUCGCAGGCUCGAUCUUCUCACUGGCUCUUCCUCCUUAAGGUCAAGUACCUCUCACUUAGACACACCAACGGGUACUCCUUUCUACCCUUUGCGUCCUUCACCACAAAAACUUCAUCAUCAUCAUCAUCAUCAAAACCCAUUGAUUUUAUCUUCCUCGUCAUCACCUUCAACGUUGUUGCACAAUAACAUGGUUGAUGCUAUAGCCUCAAGUACUACCACUACCAACAAUUCUUCAUCGAAUAACAACUCCGUUAACUACCAACAACUACCUCCUGAUCUGGGUCUACCCUAUCAUAACCCACAGAACAUCAUGCUAAGCAUGCAAAACCACCCUCCUCUUGCAUUUCACCCUCCACCACCACCACCACCUCUUCACCCAUUUGGUAACAAUCUUCCUACGGGGUUUAGUGCAAAGUUACCCUCAAUUGAGGAUCUGGGUAUGAGUCAUGGCCAAGUGAAUAAUGCAAAUUUUGUUGCUAGUGGGGUAUCGGUUCCAAGUGGUCAUGCUCAUGUAAGUUCUGACGGGGUGACACUGAGGAAUGUUAACGAUGAUGGAGGAGGGAGAAGAGAUGUUCCGUUAAGGUCCUUGGAUGGUGGUAGCUGCAAGUUGAACUUUUCUGCGGCUUCUGCAUCAGCAAGCUUGAACCAUGAGAAGAGCAACUUAGAGAAUAAUAAUAAUAAUAAUAUCAACACUACUAGAGGGGAAGGUACCGUUGAUUCCUGGAUUUGUUCUUCUGAUUAGACUAAACCGGUACAGAAACUUGUUAUCAUUACAUGGUAGAAUAUGAUGCUGCAAUGAAUUAAGAUCGUGAUCAUGAUGAUGUUGAUGAUAGUGGGUGUUGGUGGUUAGAAUUUG